AUGGAACAAGAUACCAAAUCAUCAUGGAAACAACUCUUCGCUUUUACAAAACGAUCACAUACUGGAGCGCUCAUAGCGGCAUUAAUAGCAGCGGCCUUUUCGGCUGGCUUUAAAACAGUUCUCGCUGUCAUCCUGGGAAAGAUCUUCGAUAUUAUCGCUGGCUUUGGCAAUGGGACGUUUACAGGGGAUGAGGCCCUUUCUCGAGUGUCAGACUGGGCACUGGUCCUUCUCGGAAUGGGAAUCGGAAACUGGAUUGCGAGUACAGCAUUCCUUGCGCUCUGGGUUAUCUUUGGGGAGUUGCAGGCUUGCAAUGUAAGAGAGAACAUCUUUGCAAGCCUUCUCUCCAAGGAUAUGGCCUGGUUCGACUCUCAGUCCGAAGGCAUCUCUAGUCUUCUUAUCAGAAUACAAACACAAACCCGAGAACUGCAACUGGCGUCCUCCCAAGUUCUUGGUCUUCUCGUCGGCGACAUAAUCACCUCCUUCGCCUCGCUAGGCAUCGCCCUCUACUACUCCUGGAAACUCACCCUCGUUCUCCUCGCCACUCUCCCAAUCUCAGCCAUCGUCCUUUCUCUUUCAACAAAGCGCCUGGAACCCGCAAUUCAAGCUCAAAAGCGUGAACUAGCUGUCGCCUCAAAGCACGCCGUCGCAUCAAUCACCGCCAUAGAUCUCGUCAAGAUCUUCAACGGAUACGACCAGGAAGUCUGGCAGUACUACCCCUCCAUCAAAUCCGCAGCCAAGCAUUACCUCGUUCAAGCGCAGUGCAAUGCUCUCCAGAUGGGAUACGUCGCCUUCUGGGUUGUCGCCAUGUUUGUUGUGGGGUUUUGGUAUGGUGUUGUGCUUGUCAACAGCGAUGGACUUGCGGCGGGUGCUGUCUUGACGACGUUCUACUCUACGCUCGCAGCCUUCCAGGGUAUCGAGGCGUUGAUGCCGCAGUGGCUGGUCCUCGCGAAGGGUAUGUCGGCUGGUGGAUUUCUUUCAAGCAUUACUCGUAACAUGAGAAAUGGUGGUACUAUUAAGCCGAUGUCCGGAGCUUUGCGCCCUCAGUUCUGCAGUGGUGAUAUCGAGCUGAAAAAUGUGAGCUUUGCAUACCCCUCGAAUCCCACGUCCAGAGUCCUCAAAGAGUCGAACUUCUUCUUCCCAUCCGGCGAGAUCACAUUCAUCGUCGGAAGAAGCGGCUCUGGAAAGAGCACACUCGGUAAUCUCAUCGUCGGUUUCUACGAGCCCCUGAGCGGACAAGUCCAUGUCGACAAUCGGCCGCUACAAAUACUCGACAGACAAUGGGUUCGCGAAAACAUCACUUUGAUCCAACAAUCGAGCGUUCUAUUCAAUGAAUCAUUCUUCAAGAACGUAGCCUUUGGUCACCAAUAUCCUGAUGCAGCAACACGAUCAGAGGUGAUGGGCGCCUGUGAUGCGGCAUUGCUCCAGUCAACUCUAGCAGCGCUCCCUGAAGGCCUCGAUACCAAUGUUGGCGCCGACGGAUAUAAUUUGAGCGGUGGUCAGAAACAAAGACUAGCACUUGCCAGAGCUCGCCUUCGAGAUCCUCCAGUACUCAUCCUUGAUGAGAUCACAAGCGGUCUCGAUCAAGUCAGCAGAACGCUCAUCAUGGAUGCAAUCCGAGCAUGGCGACGCGGCAAAACGACCAUCAUCAUAACACACGAUGUUGCUCAGAUUGACGACAACGACUUUGUCUAUGUGAUGGACAAUGCAUCUCUUGUGCAAGAAGGCUUCAGGAAGAAUCUGGACAAGCAAACCGGCAAAGUCUUUGCAACACUCUCAUCCACAACAUCGGAUACCUCAGCAGCGACUGUUGAAAUGACUAUCGACUCUCCGACAUCUCCUACUUCACCACUUUCACCAUUAUUCCCUCGACCAGCAAGAGCGUCUCGACUCUCAAGACUACUUGUCGGAGAGUUGGAGUCUUUCAGCCCAGCUCCAGCAAGUGCGUCGCGGCGUAUGACUCUUGGAACAAAUGCGGCAGCGGCCUUUCGCAUCAGAACAGCUAGAGCAUGGGAUAUGGAGACCUUCUCCGAAGAGGAGCGCCCAUCAACAGCAGCUGAUGUUCACCUACCUAUGGAUGACUUCUAUGAUGAGAAGCAUAACAGUGCUCUCAGAAGUCGAAGUAGCUUGGAUGGCUUUGAAACAUCAUGCACACUGAAUGCUUGGGAUGAACCAGAAUAUCUGUUUGGUGGAGCUGAGCGACCCAAGAGCAUUACCAGACUUCGACAAGCAAGGUUGACCAUCAACACGGAGGAUAAAGAAGACGAGACUAAGGAACUCCCUCCUCCUAUGUCGCUAGUUGCAAUCUUGAAGACUGCCUGGCCAGCUAUCGGCCGCGGUCAUCGGUUUCUUCUCAUACUUGGAGUGAUUACGUGUUUGAUCGGAGCAGGCUCCAUCCCCGCGUUCGCGUAUUGCUUUGCACAAUUACUAGGUGCAAUGUGGUCGCAAGGCGAUAAGCUGGCAGAAGGGCAAAAAUGGGCCAUCUUUCUCAGUGUCAUCGCUGUCGUCGAUGGAGUUUGCACUGGUGGUGGUCGAUAUCUCCUGGAGUUGGUAGGCCAAGCGUGGAUCAACACUAUCCGCGUGGAAGCCCUGAAACGAAUUCUUCGACAACCAAGAUCCUGGUUCGACCGAUCGCGCAACUCACCUGGUCGCAUCAACGAGUGCCUCGAUCGAAACGCCGAAGAAAUGCGCAACAUUGUCGGCCGAUUCGUACCAAUCCUCAUCACAGUCACAGUCAUGAUCGUUGCAGCUAUCGUAUGGGCACUCGUCAUAUCCUGGAAGCUCACGCUCGUCGCUCUCGCACCGCUGCCUGUCGUUAUGGGCGCAGUUAAAGGCUAUACCAUUAUCAGUGGAAAAUGGGAAGCGCGAUGCAACGAAGGAGCUGAAGAAGCCAGCGCUGCUCUGACUGAAAUCUUUCUCAACAUUCGAGUCGUUCGGGCCCUUACAUUGGAGAAGUAUAUGAGUACGAAGUACCUUAAAGUGGUAGCUCAUACUCUGGGACUCGGCAAGAAGAGAGCCACCCGCACAAGCGGGUUCUUUGGUCUGUAUCAAUCAGUCAACUAUCCUCUUACGGCUCUUGUAUUCUAUUAUGGUACCGUGCUCCUGGCUUCGGAGAGGGCAAUUACACCGACAUCCGUUGUAGCAGUAGUCAAUCUGCUUCUCUUUAGUAUGGGGACAGCGACGAGUAUUCUUAGUACGAUACCACAAGUCACCAUGGCCCAGUCUACCGCGGCACAGAUGUUGAAGUACGCCAACAUGCCGCUAACACCAAUCAGUGAAAGUCGCGGACAUCAGAAGCCAAAGUCACCACUUCCAGUACGACUUGACGACCUCGGCUUCUCUUACAAGUCAAGUUCAGAAAGACCGGUGCUGAGAGGUGUGUCCUUUGAGGUUAACGCCGGAGACUGCCUGGCCAUCGUCGGUCGAUCUGGGUGCGGCAAGUCCACGGUCAUCUCGCUGAUGCUGGGUCUCUAUACACCUACCAGAGCUACAAUACUCGGCUCCGAGUCGCCACUUACAUAUUCCGGCAUUUCACACGCAGACAUUGACAUCGAGCAUCUCCGCUCGAUGAUGGCAUACGUACCACAAACACCAUUCCUAUUCCCAGCCACCAUCGCAGAAAACAUCACAUACGGCCUGAACGAACUUUCGCCUCAACGCCACUUCCCCAAUAUCAUGACCGCCGCAAAAGCAGCCGGUCUUCACGAGUUCAUCUCAACUCUUCCAGACGGUUACAACACCCACGUCGGCGACGGAGGCCAAGCUCUCUCAGGCGGCCAAGCACAGCGUCUCAGCAUUGCACGCGCGCUAGUUCGCAAGCCAAGACUUCUCGUGCUUGACGAACCAACAAGUGCACUGGAUGCAGAAAGUGCUGAGAUGAUCAGGCGCACGAUGCAGCGGAUCGCGAGGAAGCCAAAGAGGGAUAUGGCAAUUGUCGUGGUAACGCACAGCAAGGAGAUGAUGGCGAUCGCAGAUCGGAUUGUUGUGCUGGAGGAUGGUAUCAAGGUUGAGGAGGGAACAUAUCACGAGUUGUUGCAGGCGAGAGGUGCUUUUGCGCAAGUGAUUGGUGAAGGAGAAUGGGAAGGUGCCACAUCGCCUACCAAGCGCAAGGGUCGCUUAUCUUCCAGCAUCCAAGAAACCGACGAUGCAGCUCUCAAGGCCCGUCGCGAACGCAACCGCGAAGCCCAAAACAUCUUCCGCCGCCGUCGCCAAGCCGCCGAAGCAGCACAGGCCCAGCGCGUCCGCCGUCUCGAGCAGGUCGUCGAGGAGAUGAGCUCCGUCUUCAUGUCCUUUGUAGACGAGAUGCUCACCACUGAAGCCAUCGUGAGCGGGCAGCCGAGUCUUGUCGGUAGCUUGCGGCGUAGCAUGGAGAGGAUCCUCGAGCUGGCGCAUGAGGUUGUCGGACCGGAGGAGGAUCUUGUUGUGCUGCCGAGGUCGAACUCGCCGACAGAGGAGAAUCGUCUGACGGGCAAGUCGCAGAGUCCUGACAGCGAGCGCAGUGAGACGAACUCGGACUCUGGUUCUUCGCUGGCUGUUACUCUGAGACGAAUCCAGCCUGUGCAGCAAUCGCAGACUUCCGCUUUGACGACAGCGCUGUCGACGUCGACUCACUCAGCAGCUUCAAACUCUACGUCAGCAACGUCCAUAUCACCGCCUACGCCACAAUUCACGCCGCUCCACCAUUUCCAGCAACCGUCUCUUGGCAAACCCGUCACAAUCCCGUCCUUCACCCUGUCGCCCCAGAUCUUCGGUAAUGGCUGGCUCGGUACAACGCCAACCGCUCCAGGCGAAGUCGUGUCUACCGGACCACAGCAUCAAUCGCCCUUCUCAUUCCGCGUCGCCAGCACCGCUCUACAAAUAGCAUGUCAACUCCUCGUAACCUCUCCGCCUGAAUACUCCAUGACCCCGCAACAAGCUCGACUUUUCUGCAACACGCUCAAGGGCAAGGCAAGAGAGGAAAUGGUUACUCGUUUACGCUGGCUUAUCGGUCCUGGAAAGCAUGAGAUGCAUCGUGUUAUUGAUUUACCUUACGGACGAUACGGACAUCACGUUUAUGCUCGCGGUGAACUUAACCCAACCACGAUGGAGGACAUCGAGUGGCCAUGGCCUACAAGACCGGCUGGAUCACGCAUCGACCAUUUCACACGAUUCUUCAGCAUCGUCGGCGUUGAAAAACAGCUUCUUGCGCUGGGUGCCCGGAUGGUCGACAGCGAAACUUUGGAACUCAACCUCAACAACUCACCGAUGCCAAACGUAUCAGAUGCCGUGCCCAACAAGCAGCCCGAAAGCUGGAGUUUCGUCAACUGCUUUUCGUUCCCGACGCAGCCGAAGAAUGGUCCUGUAACGGUGCGACUGAGCAUACCCACUCUUGUGACGUCGCUAGCCUCGAGAUCCUGCUGUUUGAUGAGAGGACCUGGAAUACCGAGAGCCGAGAUUGGAAGUGCUAUUGAAGAAGCAAUCAUUAAAACAGGAUAA